AUGCUUGAUGAGUUGCCAGAAUUGAGUUAUGAUUAUUUGGGUAACACCAUUGUACAAAAAUUGUUUACUUUGGUUGAAUCAUCAUUGGUUAAGUUGAUGAUGGUCAAAGAAGUUGCUCCUUAUUUAACUCAAUUGGGAAUCCAUAAAAAUGGGACAUGGGCAAUACAAAAAAUUAUCAAUUUAUGUCAUUCAGACUACCAACAGAUGUAUCUCAUUGGUGCUAGUCUUAAGCCUUAUGCAGUUAAAUUGUUUAAUGAUCAAUUUGGUAAUUAUGUGAUUCAAGGUUGUAUCAAAUUUGGAUCUCCAUUCAAUGACUUUGUGUUUGAAGCCAUGUUGGAUAAUUUCUUGGAAAUUAGUGUAGGGAGAUUUGGUGCUCGUUGCAUUCGUACUAUAUUGGAAAGUUGUCAUGAUUCAAGUAGUACUUCUCCGGUGACAAAUGAACAAGUUUUAUUGGUGGCAGGUUUGAUUAUAGAAUUCGCCAAUGAGUUAGCUGUCAAUUCCAAUGGAUCGUUAUUAAUUACUUGGUAUUUGGACACUUUUAAAGAUUGUGAUUCGAAAAUUGAAUUAUUAAUGUCAAAAUUUUUACCAAAUAUAAGGGCUCUUUGUGUGCAUAAAUUGGCCAACUUGACGGUAUUAAAAAUUUUGAAUAAUAGAAUUGAUGAUAAAUCAAGAGUGGCAACAAUGGAUGCUAUUUUCAACAAUAAAGAAACUUUGGAAUAUAUUUUACAAGAGAGUGAUAAUAGUAAUACUACUGCUGGUCCACUUUUUAUCUAUAAAAUUUUGAGCAAUCCUACUUUAGCCGAUUUGGUUAACCAACAUAUCCCCACCAUACGUAAAAUUUUAAUGGAAUUGAAUAUUGUUAAUUUCCAAAAUUAUAAGAAAUUAAUGGAUGAGGUUGGUAUUUCAAGUACAAGAAUUGGUAGAAAUGGCAGUACUAAAAGAAAUGGUGCUACUAAUGGCAGUAGUAGAAGAGGAGGGAAUAUGAGAGGAAACAAGCAAGAUGGAUAUGUUACACAGGUGCCACCACCGCCACCACAACAGCAACAGCAACAGCAACAGCAGCAAUAUUUUGUCCAAGGAAUUUCUAAUCCACCAGCUUCUUUACAACAAGGUCAACACUCCCCAAUAAAACCUCAGCUUCAACAACAGCAGCAGCAACAGCAGCGUCUGGGAUCUCCACCAUUCCAAAAUAGAUAUAUUCCAAUGCCACAAGCUCCCCUGCAAUAUAAUAAUGUUACACCACAAAUGUAUAUGAAACAGAUGUAUGCUCAACAACAAGCACAAAUUCAACAACAAUUUUAUUUACAACAACAACAACAGCAGCAGCAACAACAACAACAACAGAUGCUGCCACAAGAGUUUGCAGUUAUGCAACAAUUGGAACAAUUAUCAUUAAGUUCAGCUGCAUUAGGAUAUAAUUCCAAUCCUGGAACUCCAACUUAA